AUGGGAAUUUCAACAUCUACUGAACAAAAAGUAAAUACACCAUCUUCAAAUUCAUCAGCUACAGACCAACAACAACAAAGAUUUAUACAACAACAAUUACAACAACAUCAACAACAAAGACAACAACAACAGCAACAAUUACAACAACAACAACUUCAACAACAAUAUCAACAACAAUAUCAACAACAACAAAGAUCUAAGCAACUUCAACAACAGCAACAACAACAACAGCAACAAUACAAAUCUCAACCUAUUCCACAACAAAAAUUAACACCACAACAACUACAACAGCAACAACAACAACAACAACAAGGUAGAUCUUAUGGACAAACCAUUAUUCAAUCACCUAAAUUCACUCCAGGAAGUAGUAAUAAACCUGGUUUAGAAUUUAAUAUAUUAAUGUCACCACCAUCAUCACCAUUAGUUGGACCAAUGGGAGCACAACCAAUAAUUACAGAACAAGCAGUACCAACAGUAUUUACAUGGUCAGGUGGAGGAAAGGAUGUAUAUGUUUCAGGAUCAUUUAAUAAUUGGAAAGAAAAGAUUCCACUCUCAAGAAGUGAGAAAGAUUUUACAUUAAUUUAUAAUUUAGCACCAGGUGUUCAUCAAUAUAAAUACAUAGUAGAUGGUAAAUGGAUUCAUUCAACUGAACAACCAGUUGCCGCUGAUAUUAAAGGCAAUUUAUUAAAUUUUAUUGAAGUUAAAAAUAAAGAUCCUUCAAAUGAUUUAAAUACUUUAAAAUUAUCAUCAACACCACCAGGUUCAUAUAGUAGAACUAUACCAGAGGAGGAGGUUCAAAAAAUACCACCACCAUCAUUACCACCACAUUUAAGAAGAGCACUUUUAAAUACACAACCUUCAACAGAGGAUCCAACUUUAUUACCAUUACCACAUCAUGUUAUGUUAAAUCAUUUAUAUUCAUUACCAAGAAAAAACAAAGUUUCAAUUUUAGGUGUUACUCAUCGUUAUAAAACAAAGUUUGUUACAACAGUAUUAUAUAAACCAAAUGGGUCAUCAUUGUCUGAUGAUUUGGAAGAUUCUUAA